UCCUUGCCCCCACCCAGACCCGGAAGGCAGUACCAUGGCUGCUCCCCUGCCUGCACCCCCGCCGCAGCCGGUCACCCACCUCAUCUUUGACAUGGAUGGACUUCUUCUGGAUACUGAACGACUGUAUUCAGUGGUGUUUCAAGAAAUAUGUGAUCGCUAUGACAAGAAAUACAGCUGGGAUGUAAAGUCCCUGGUUAUGGGGGCUGAAAAACUCAUCGUCCACCUGCGGAAACAUGGCAUCCCCUUUGCCCUGGCUACCAGCUCGGGGUCUGCAUCGUUCGAGAUGAAGACAGGCAGACUCAAGAAGUUCUUCAGCUUGUUUUCUCACAUCGUGCUGGGAGAUGACCCCGAAGUGCAGCGUGGCAAGCCAGACCCCGACAUCUUCCUAGAGUGUGCCAAGAGGUUCUCUCCUCCUCCUCCUAUGGAGAAGUGCCUUGUCUUUGAAGAUUCUCCCAAUGGGGUGGAGGCGGCUCUGGCAGCUGGGAUGCAGGUGGUCAUGGUUCCAGAUGGAAACUUGAGCCGACACCUGACGACAAAGGCCACCGUGGUGCUGAAUUCCCUGCAGGACUUCGAGCCCGAGUUGUUUGGUUUGCCCCGCUAUGACUGACAGGGAGGGCCUCGCUCUGCCCCGCCCCAGCCCACUGUCAUGGUCCACACUGCUGGGUGAAAGGGAAAGGAAAUCAGCAACUCUCAAAUCCCAACCUGCACAGUGAUUUUAGCUUCCUGAGAUUGAUAUUUCCAUCCUGUGUUGGCUUGCCCCACUCUAAUGUGUUGAUAAAACGUGACUUGACAGUUGAGAAAAACACAGUAGACAGAAACGAAGCCCAGAACAAAGAUGAAACUUGAAUUACCAUCUCAAAAAUCAAGCUGAUGGAGUAUGUGAUAAAGUGAAUGUACAUGUAUACAUAUACAUAUGAACCUCUAUAUAUACACAUGUAUAUCAGUAUGUUAAUAUUGCAUGUGGGCAUUACUUGUAUAUGGAUGUAGAUAUAUGCAUUUAUGUAUAUGUGAAAUAUAGACUUUUCCAAAAUAAAAAGCAACAUCAUUUCUCUUUUAUUCUAGUUUUUCUAAACACUGGCUGGGAAAUGUAAACUGUGUAUGCAUAUAAGUAUAUGCUUGAUAGAUGCAUAUGUAUGUGCAUAUGUUUAUAUCGUCUACAUCACUCUCCUCAGUGUUGAUGUUAGUAUGCAGUGACAACUGAUAAAGGGAGAUGGUAGUUCUGCUUGGCUUUCAGUCUCAGUGGGAAAGCCCUGUUUUUGAUGAGCACUAAGAAGUUCUUCUCCUUGUUAGCUAACAUUUAAAUUCUUUUUGUGACCUCAGAAUGUCUCUGGAUCUUUCCUCAUUGACUGACUCUGAGCCACAUCAUCCAUAGUUUAUUGUUAGUAUGAACACAACUGU